ACCCCACCCCCCAGGGUCGUAUAAACAGGUGCUCAAGCUACACCUGUCCCCAUCCCCGGGAGAGUUUAGCUGCCAUUCUGAACUGGAUUGUAGUCUGGCAGCACUUGGAACUGACGGAAGGCUGGGGCAGCUGUGAGAACAGCGCUUUUGGGGGCUUUCUUACUGGCAGGGUGACCUGAAAUAACUACUCCAGUCGGAAGCUUUUAGAGACCCAGGGAGCAACCCCUUCGUGUUGGCCCGAUAGGAUCGGUUGUUUUUAUUUUUGUUUUUGGGAGGAUGGCAAACUCAGGUCUUCAGCUGUUGGGGUUCACCAUGGCAGCUCUGGGGUGGGUGGGAUUGAUAGCCUGCACGGCGCUCCCUCAGUGGCAGAUCAGCUCCUAUGCUGGGGACAACAUCAUUACUGCCCAGGCGGUGUACAAGGGGCUAUGGAUGGAAUGCAUCAGCCAGAGUACGGGCCUCAUCAGCUGCAAGAUGUACGACUCAGUCCUCGCUCUACCUGCUUCCAUACAGGCCACCCGGGCCUUAAUGGUUGUCUCCCUGGUUGUGGGCUUUCUGGCCAUGAUGAUAGCUGCCAUGGGCAUGAAGUGUACACGAUGUGGAGGUGAUGACAAGGUGAAGAAAGCUCGAAUUGCUAUGACAGGCGGUAUUGUCUUCAUUGUGGCUGGUCUUGCUGCCCUUAUUGCUUGUUCCUGGUAUGGACACCAGAUUGUAACAGAUUUUUAUAAUCCAUUGGUCCCUAUGAAUACUAAGUUUGAAUUUGGCUCUGCCAUUUUUAUUGGCUGGGCUGGCUCUGCCCUAGUUUUAUUGGGGGGUGCCCUCCUCUCUUGCUCGUGCCCAGGUAGUGAAGGCAAAGCAGGGUACCGGUCCCCACGGUCCUAUCCCAAGCCCAGUUCUGCUAAGGAGUAUGUCUGAAAGAGCUGAGUUUCCUAUGUAUCUCCCCUCACUCCAGCCCACCAAGGUCAGGGCUCUGAAAUAUAAUUCAAGACAGGAAGGAAUGAGGAGGAAACCAGAAGAGAAAUCUGAGCCAGUGGGGAAGGAGGGCAGAGUUCUCCAAGCCCUUCCAUCUACAAAUGAUUUAAUCUACCAAAGGCCAGGGGAAUGGGAAAGGGAAUAUGGGAAGAAAAGGGUAAGAACUGUUCUUUUUGUAUAAUAAUAAAGAAGUUUGUUUUG